AUGGAUGCUGGAAAUCUAGAUCCCAAUGAGUCACCGACGUUUGGUAAAUCGUUGCUGUUGCGUGUAGAUGGAGCAAUUGGAGCUAUGCUGUUGGCUCCCAAUGGGAGAGAUGCUGUACUUGCAGGAAGACGAGGGCUUUUUAUAAUUGAUAUGGAUGAUCCAUUCACACCUCCGCGAUGGCUUCACCAUAUAACUUCAUGGGAAGUAGCUGACGUUCAGUGGUCCCCCCAUUCCUCACAGAAACCGUCGUGGUGCAUAUCCACCUCGAAUCAAAAGGCGCUUUUGUGGGAUUUGAAUAGACCGUCAUACAAUGCUAUUGCCAAUAUACUUCAUGCUCAUACUAGAGCAAUAUCGGAUAUAAACUUCCACCCAUCGGACCCAGAGCUUCUAGCCACAUGUUCAGUUGAUACAAUGGUUUUUAGCUGGGAUAUGCGAACGCCGAGAAAGCCCGUUCUCAAAUUCGCCGAGUGGAGAGCAGGAGCAACGCAAGUCAAAUGGAAUUCCUUGAAUGCCUUUGAAGUAGCACUGACGCAUGAUAAUGCUCUUUAUUUGUGGGAUACUAGAAAGGGAGCGUUACCGGUGGUCAAAGUCGCUAAAGCUCAUGAAGGUAAAAUCAAUGGCCUUGAUUUCACCCAGGGACUCAAAAAUAUGAUUACAUGCUCUAACGACAACAGCAUCAAGUUUUGGGACUUGGAAACCAAAAGGGCAAAAGACAUAAUUAACGAGUUCAACUACUUUGACGAAACCAAAAAAAGUCAAAUUAUGCCCAGCGUGGUGAUAAAGACUGAUUUCCCAAUAGCUAGAGCAAGAACACUACCGUUUGGAUCAGAUAAAGCUUGUGGUGUUAUGCCUCUUCUCGGUGGCGAAAAUGCUAUCCAUAUUGUCAAUUAUGAAGAUGCGUACCAAGCUUAUCUAUCUACAGGCGCAACACAACGCAUUACUGGAGAUUUUACUUACUCUUUUAAAGGCCACCAUGGUCCAAUGAAGGAUUUCUUGUGGAGAACAAAACAUGCAAAGUAUGACAAGUUUAGCUCCAAAAAUUCGUACAAGGAUUAUCAAUUAGUUACUUGGUCUUCCAAAGAUGUUGACUUGAAGUUGUGGCCGCACGAUGAAGAAAUUUACAAGGGGGUAAAUUAUAAUCCAACUUUUUUCAAUUUCAAAAAUGAGCUGGAUAAUGAUUUACUGGAGGUCAAACUGCCGAGUAAAAUCGAAGUAUACAGUUAUAGAACCUAUUGCCGUGAGCCAGAGGUGACCAUUGAAGACUUGACAAAUACAAACGGUGGCGAUAUAUUAUCCGCCUUAACUCUGCUUGAAAUAAUGGAAAAACGUAGACAAUCAGGACACGAGCAGCCCCAAUUGAAUCAUUUGGAUUGGAUAUCUGGUGUUAGAAUGGGAGACGCAAGUAGCGACAGGCGCAGAGAUAGCUCAACUGGCAUUGAAGAUAAGGAUCCCUCUAACUUGAGUGAGGAGGUUAGUAUUGUGGGCCACAAAUUUCCAUUCAUUAGGUUUGAAAAAAUAUCAGUGUCAACAGGACAAUUGGUUAUAAGUUUAAAAGGCCCUGUUCCAUUGUCGGGUAAACAAGAGCUUGAUGCUCAUGACUCGUUGCACUCCAUUAUUGAGAAUUCGAGCCCUAAGUUGGAUUCAAUUGUUGUGGCAUCCAAGGAAAAGAGUGUGACCAGUAAAGACGAAUGGGAACAAGAAGGUAAGAGCACUGCAGAUGCAAGUCAUAUCAAUCAAGCAGUAGACGAAACAACUGAUGAUGAGCAGAAAUUGAUUUUCAUAAGAAUUGCAAUUAGUUUUCCAAGUUCCUAUCCCUACCUUGAGCAUGUAAACUUUGAAAAAAAUGCCAAGAGACUGAGCAAAAUACUGAAGGAAAACUCAAUCAAAUUUGCGAUAGAGGAAACUCAUGAACUUGAUAGAGAUCUCAAGAUGUCCAUGGAAAGAAAUUUGCGUGAAAUUGCUCACUUUUACACAAACAAGUAUCAGAGGUUUUGCUUAGAGCUGUGUUUACGAUACUUGAUGGGUGAGAAAGUUGAACUAGACGACCAUUUGAUGAUUGCUAACAGGCGCGGUAGUUCUGAAGAUGGAAAUGAGAAGUAUGAAGUGGAAGUUGGUGACGAAGGAUGGGCAGACGACUUGAUAAAUCAACAGCCAGGGUAUAGGGGGUAUUCUUCAGGUGAAGAGGCGGAUGCAGAGUAUGACGAUCUUAUUCCUGGGCUAAGUGUCGACUUAAGUAUUGGUAAUAAUCUUGAAAAAAACGAAGGUGAUGGUUUCCACAAUGCCGAUAGUGGUGUUGUCAAACAUAUUGAACCAUCCUUUGACUCAACGCCUCUACCACAAAAGUGUGGUGCAAUGUGGGCACGGAAUGGUCGUCUAGUUUGCUUUUUUAUGCCUCGAAAUGAAAGUGAAAAUGAAAGAGAAAAAGGGUUUGCAAACCUUAAUGAUUAUGAUGAUGAUGAUGAUGAUGAUGAUGAUGAUGAUGAUAAGAAUGAGAAUGUUGACGAUAACAAUAGAAAGAGAAACUUGUCUGAGAAAGCAGCCGCAGCUGAUGGUUCUGAAGUGCUUGAUGGGAGUGACACCUCAGAACCCGAGUCUUGCGACGAUGAAGUUAGCGAGAGUGACUCGUCAGAUGAGUGUUUUGAGGAAGAUUUACAGGAACUUUUGAGAAAUGAUGCAUCCAUUAGAACACGAGUUCCGGGUUUGUUCAAGUCUAGUUUUGGUAUCGAUAACCGAUUCGCGGAAAAUACUAGCAGUCACAAAUCUUCUUUAAAACGAAUUACUAGUAAUGGAGAAGUAUCCAAUAACCGUUCUUCCUUGCGAGAGGUGAAGCGGAAAGUCAAAGGUUAUGAGAGCAAAAAAAAUCUCAAUAUUGUGAGCAUUCACGACUAUAGUCAUUUGUUGCCCAAUCGUAUUGAUCUUGCGCGUGAAUAUAGAGUCACUGGAGAUACUCCUGAGAGUCUUGCCAAUUACAAUUCCAAAGUGGCUCUUAAGUAUGGUUUAAAGGAAAUCAGUGAUACUUGGAGAGUGUUGGAGAUUGUAUUGACGAGUAAAUUUGGUGGUCUGACUCCGUCAACAAUGAAGCCAACCUCAGUACAAUUUGACAAUUUAUCAUUUUGGGGUGCACAUCCAUUUGGCUAUACCUGGUUGGUUCCACAGUUGUUUGAUUACUACUUUCACAAGGGGAAUACUCAGAUGUUGGCUGUAAUGUCGUGCAUUAUUUGUAGCUAUCCAAGUACUGCUGCUACUGCUGCUUCUGCUGCUGCUGCUGUCCGAACUAGUCUGAGCUGGCAGGCUCUUCGGGGAAGUGAAUGUGAACAUGUAGACUUUCACUUUCCUGUUAACGAUAAGUUUUUCACUGGAAGUAUGGACAUGAGGGGACUGACAGCGACUCCCAGCGAUCUUCAAUAUAGUUUAUCUCAAGAUCAAAGAGCUUGGCAGACGGCCAGUACUAUAAAGGAGUUACAGUUCCCAGGCUCAGCCGCUUCAUAUCCUCACUCAGUUGAUUCAUCGUUGGAUAAUGGCAGUAUUAUUAAUGAAUCACCUGAUCGAUUUGGAUACUUGAGGAAAUUCAAGCCCGCAGGAGGAGGAGGAGGAGGAGGAGGAGGAGGAGUGCCAUCAACAAAUGUUGGAAAUUUAUCACAGGUAUCGUUGAUUAGUCCUGGUUCUGGUUCUGGUCUUGGUACUGGCCAUGAUAUCAAAACUCCUUUGCCUAAAAGGGUAUCCACGUUUCUGUCGGAGCGGAAUAAAUCACUAAAUACAAAAAGGCCAUCAACAAGUAACAACAGGUUGAAAAUCCAGCAGUCACUCCCUACUGUUUCGGUGGAGUUUUGUAACGAGCUUGAUAUAAGCAAUUUAGCUCUACCUACAUGUUUGGAUGAUGAUGUGAUCAAACUGUACAGGCUGGAAUAUGCAGACACGCUCUAUGACUGGAACUUACCCAUAAAACGUGUUGAAAUUUUAAAGCUUAAUUAUUCAAAUUCUGAAUCAAAAGAGCUGUCGAGCUUUGCAGUUCAUGAAUGCAAAAUCGGCGUAAGAAAGAAGAAUAGGCAAUUGCCAACGCAAGAGUUCAUUAACGCGGUGUCAAUGGUUGGAUCUAGCAGUCAAAAUGCUUGGAACACUACAAAGAGGCAAGUUGUAAAGUAUUGUGUCUAUUGUCAACUUGUUUUGACAAAAAACUCUACAUUAUGUGCAUCGUGCGAGCAUGUGAUACACUUGCUGUGCGCAAAAGAAUGGUGGUCUGGUAACGAUGAGUGCCCGAGUGGUUGUGGAUGUAAAUGUUUAGAUCAUCCCUUUUAUAGUUGA